AUGUCUACAUCAAUAUUCCGUUUUGCGAAAAACAUAUACAAAUCAGGAUUAAGAAGGGCAGGUUGGCAAUUACAAGUACACAACGAUGUCAAGAGUGGUACAUUAGUAGGAACUGAUGAUCAUGGUAACAAAUAUUAUGAAACUGAUGCACCCGAAGAACCAAUAUUAAGAACAAGAUGGGUCGAAUAUAACAACUGGUCUCCAGACAUGUCACAAGUUGAACCAGGAUGGCAUUAUUGGUUGGGUUAUGGAUCGAAUACUCCACCAAAUAAGUUACAAGGAGAUGAGAAAACCACUAGAGCUUAUCCUUUACCUGCUCAGCAUAAACCCAACAUGACCAAUUCUCCUGGUGCCUAUGUUUGUUAUAAUACUGCCAAACCAAAAUGUCAAAGUUGGAGUCCUGAAGUGAAGGAAAGAACAGGUGAGAAAGUUGAGACGAGAGUAUAG